AUGAUUUCUGCUGUUAUUGCGCCCUCAGGUCUGUAUGAAUGGCUACGUAUGCCGUUCGGGUUGAACAACGUGCAGCAGAUAUACCAGCGUAUGGUGGAUAAUGCAUUGUACGGGUAUCUCACGAUCGGCGAACAGCGGAGAUCAAGUGGUCGCGAGGUGUCACAACCUGUCGAUGUGUUCACGCACGGCGAGCCAGACCCGCACCGAAAGCCUUCGGUGUUGGGGCGGAGGUCCUACAUUGAUGACAUUCUGAUCCCGGCGGCGUCCUGGACAUCCCUUCAUCAAAAGGUAAAUCGACUGUUGGAAUUCUGUGACCAGUGGAAUUUGUCAAUCAGUUUACCUAAGAGUGUGUGGGGACGAAGCAAGGAUAAGUAUCUCGGGCACUAG